AUGGCACCUGAUCUAUUCUCCAAGAAGAUCUCCUUCAUAGGAGGCGGCAACAUGGCCGCAGCCAUCAUCUCUGGCCUACUCGCCAAAGGCUUCGAAAAGAGCAGCAUCAUGGUCUCCGAGCCAUGGGACGUCAACCGCAAGAAGAUGGCAGACUUGGGCGUCAAGACUACCACCGACAAUGCGGAAGCAGCGACGGUCGCCGAUCUGAUCAUCCUGUCUAUCAAGCCCCAGGUCGCCAAGACUGUAUGUCAGGAGCUUGCUUCCAAGGCUUUCUCUUCGCAAGGGUCUUCUCUGCCUCUAUUGGUGUCUAUUGCGGCCGGUAUCACGGCUGCGAGUCUGAAGGAAUGGUGCACGACUAAGGAGGGCGCGAGCCCGCCGAUUGUGCGAGUCAUGCCGAAUACUCCUGCGCUGCUUGGCGAGGGCGCCAGCGGUGUUUACGCAGGCAGUGAUGUGACGUCUGAGCAGAAGGAGCAAGUGAACCAGCUGCUUCAGAGCGUCAGCCACGCCAUUGAGUGGGUGGAUAAGGAGUCGCUACUGGAUGUCGUCACUGGCUUGUCGGGUUCUGGCCCUGCUUACUUCUUCGCCAUGGUGGAGCAUCUCGUCACUAGUGCGACGAAGCUGGGUCUUUCCGAGGAACAGGCCACACGUUUAGCGACACAGACGUGUUUGGGUGCCGGCAAGAUGAUGGUUGAGGGGUCAGACCCACCCGCACAGCUGAGGAAUAACGUCACGAGCCCGAAUGGAACGACGCAAGCCGGUUUGGAGAGCUUCGAAGCUUCAGGGUUUGCUGCGAUCGUGGACAAGGCUGUGAAGGCGGCGACUGAUAGAGGCGAGGAGCUUGGCCGGGUGCUUGGCUUUCAAUAG